GCAAGGUAAAUACCUCGUCUGUGAGAAUGACAUGGUAGUCUAGUCUGUCUAUCAGGUAUAUAUUCCAAUAUUUGGAAAGUGGAUGGAGACGAGAACGAUGACAGGAGAUGCUAAGAGAUGGCAAGAGAUGGCGGAAUAAAAAAUAGAUAUCAAUAAAUAAUAUGUCUCUAUCAUAACUACAGUUAGCAUAUUAUUUUCUUAUCCCGGUUCUUGCGUUUUCUACAGCUUCACGCUUAACGUUCACUAGCAAAAAUGUUCUUCGGACUGAGAAAGUACCCAACUCCUGUACUCAAGCCACUCGCACCAUUCAUUGCUGGCUCCAUCGUUGUAUACUACGGUGUCUCUAAGAUUCAAGAUGCUGCCGUUGCUACUGAACCACACAAGAGCUCACCACAAAACCCAUACAUCUCGCAAGUCAACAACAAGCACUAGAUUGCUGUCUAAUAGGAAUUGAUACACAUACAUUCUCCCUUGAGGAUAGUUUUUAUUGUGAAUAUUAAAGAUGGGUAGAGAUGGCUAAUAAAUUACAAGUAAAUUAAUAAAAAAUAACUUGUUAUUACACUCCC